AUGGUCAUGAUGUUCUACUGCUCACCAGGACUUCCUUCCACUGAGUCAAACAUGUUAUCUGACAUCUCCAUAGGCACGACCCUCUGUGACUCCAACCCCAGCCAAAACAACCAGCUGACAGCCACAGGAGGAAUGCUUGGGCUACAGAUAACAGAACACCCAACACCAGCACCCUGCUACGACUCCAUUGCCUUAAUCCAGCCCAGAUCUCAGCAGAAACCUAACACCAUUCCGGUGACCCUGGAAUUGCACCAGCGCCUCAAAUCACCAAAUAAGAUACCAAUUCUCAGAAGACUUCAAAAAAUACUAGACGAGGAGGAGCCCGCUGAGAUGAUCCAGGUCCUGGGCCCCAAGCCUGCCCUAAAGGAGGGCAACCCUGAGGAAGACCUCACAGCUGACCAGACUAAUGCCCAGGCUGCGGCUCUGUAUAAGGUCUCUGAUGCCACUGGACAGAUGAACCUGACCAAGGUGGCCGACUCUAGCCCCUUUGCCCUCAACUUGCUGAUACCUGAUGACUGCUUUGUGCUGGACAACGGGCUCUGUGGCAAGAUCUACAUCUGGAAGGGGCGAAAAGCUAAUGAGAAGGAGCGGCAGGCGGCCGAGGACUUCAUCUCGCGCUUGCGGUAUGCCCCAAACACGCAGGUGGAGAUUCUGCCCCAGGGCCGUGAGAGUCCCAUCUUCAAGCAAUUCUUCAAGAACUGGAAGUGAGGGGCAUCUCACGGCGUCCGCCUGCUGCCUGGUCAGUGCCCAGGUGCCCCUGCAGAUGUUCAAUAAAGGAGAC